AGAAAGAAAGAAAGACAGGAAUCAACUGAGAAUGUUGCUGUCUCGACGUAACUGACUGCAAACAACAAAGUUUACUCUGCACCUUUAAAGAGGAACAGAAACCAAAAGCUGCAGGAAAGACUGGGAGAAACAGAAUGGCUUUCACUGUGGUGACAGUGCUCUUCUGUCUGAUGCCACGCGAGGUGGCUGCCCCUGGGUGUUUGUGAGUACAUACCCAAGGAUUUGGACAUACAUCCCUCAUGUGGGACCAUGGGAAAAAGGAAGGUCAGCAUCACCUCUAAGCUGCUGAGGAACUGCAGGAAAGCUGUAAAUCCCCUGGGCAAAUCUGGCCUCCUUGGCCAGUUAUUCCUUGCCACAGCGAAGCAGGGCCAAGAGCAGCUUGUGUGUGAGCCUCAGCCUCUUCUGAGCAGCUGUGGUGAUUCUGGUGAGCAGUCAAAGCAGAGGAAAAGGUUCAGCAGUGGAUGCUGUCCCCAGCCUGCCUCUUCCUGGCUCCUGUGCCUCUGAGGUCCAGUGCAUGGCCAGGCUCCUGUGGGAAUCCUAAAGAUGAAGGUGAUUGUGAAGGUGAAGACGAAGUGCUCUUUUUUUCCUUUCUAACUUUCUUUUUGGUGUGAUGGGGUCAUGUGCUGUGUCCCCCCACGUGGUUUGCAGGAACAGGGCAGCCCUCAGUCCCCAGGCUGACACUUUGGUGCUGGUGGGUCCCCAGCAUUUGCUCGGGGUAAGUUUGCAGAAGCACCAGGGGGAGCAACAGGACAGGAUUUAAAAUCCUGUGAGUGAGGCAGAGCAGAAUGUGAGAGCAAGUAUGAAGGCAACAGAUGACAGAAAGGAACUGGCAGGUGCUGGGCAGAGCGGUGACAACACUGGUGACAGCAUCAAGGCCACGCUGCUGAUAAGGCCACCGUGCAGAAGUGGAGCAAGAGUGACACGGUGCAGUAUGGCUCAGUCACCCAUUCCCCACAAGAUCAAAGAUCUGCAAGCUGUGCUGUGGUUCCCCCAGGAAGUGCAAGUGUGAUAUGAGUCACAGGACCAUGACUGAUGUGCUGGGACAAAGCUGGGGACAGCAGUAAGGGAUUCCACCGAAAUACCUGCAACGUGGAGGAGGAGGAGGCUUAAAUGCACGAUUGUCUCUGUAGAUGGAGCUGUGUAGCCAGUGCUGGGGCAUGCAAGCAAUGGGAACGUCCUGGCCACCUAAAGGAAGGACUUCCCCUCUUUCACUCGAGGAGAUGGUUGCUGGGACUUUUGUCAAGAGGCUUCAAGCCUGCACUUGAAAGCAAAACUGAAAGAGGCGUGAGAGGCCUCCGAGAGGUGGUUUCCUCUGAGAGCCUGUGAAUGUGGUUUCCCCUUUGUCGCACCUCUAGGUGUCAUUUUAGCUCACAGCAUCUGAACAUGGCUGAGAAACUGGGUGGUGAAAGACCAAGCCUCACGUUGGCCGACAGUGCUGCAGAACCUGCUGCUGCUGGCACAGAAGGGCUGUGGAUGCCUAUUCCAUCAGGAGGGUGAGGCAGAGGAAGCAGCGCAUCUGAGCUGCACAGUUCCUGCACUGCUCGUGGUGCAACUCCAGGAACCCAGCCAAGCUUGGGACAGGCAAUGCAGUGCACAGUAAAUACCUUGGAGAAGACCAUGAAGGCCCCUGACAUCUCCCGUGCAAGGCUUUGCUGGAUGGGAGCAGCUCAUAGGACACUGAGUCGUCCUCUGGUUGAGUGCUGGUUGCAAACAGGUUGCCCAGCCAGGGUGUGAGGAGAUUAAUCAUCGUGUGGCAGAAUGUGAGAGCUUCUGGCUUCAUGAGACCCAUCUGUGCUGGUGGAAGGAUGGCCUGGGGCCUUGCUGUGCAGCCUUGCAUACAUCAGGGCUGUCUCCACUGCUUGUCACAGUGCCCAUUGCUUUGUGCAUGACCCAUCAAGGAUGGAGAUUCCCCACCUUCCUGCUGGUCAGGUUGCUCACCCUCCUGGGGAAGGCUGGUUCCUGAUACCCAGUGUGAGCUUUGUGCCUGUGGCUUUCACUGUGCCACCUGCAGCAUCCAAGAGGACCUUGGUUCCACAACUUAGUUAAGACUCCUUCCCUUAGUUGUAGGCUGCUGGCAGAUCUCCCUUUACCAGACUAUGCCACCCCACUAUCACUCCUGUACCUUGGGAACGACUGCUAGUGCAGUUAAAUAUUUACUUUACCUGUAGGAUUUUCAAAACAGAAUAAUAAUAAGCAUCAAAUGUUACUGAACAUUUACAUUCCCUGUUGUAAUCCAUGUGCACAACCACCUAAACAGAGCAGAGGCGGGUUCUGAAAGGGGAAUCCCAAAGUUCCUGCCAGUCCAUGCUGAGCCAUGCCUGUCUGACCACGAGGGAUGCUUGCUGAGCCACUCCUGCUCACCUCUGCUGUCCAGGGCCAGCAAGAACCAUGCUAAGACUCAGCGCAGGUCAAAUUGCUCAAAAUGCUGCUUUUCCCAGCGCCAAGAUUAGCUGCUGCCCUCUGCUAUAAAGGUUGCUGUGUGCGGAGCGAGGUGCACGAGUGCAAGCACCCAUGCCAACCAUGGCCACAAAGGAGCUGCUGGUGUUGGCACUGAUGCUGGUAGCUUUUGUUUCUGCUGGUGGGGCAGAGCUGGAAGAGGGGAACGGCCUGAGAAGGCCGACGUGUGGAGAGAUGGCUGAGCUGCAGGCCUGCCCCCUGCUGCACUUGCCUGUCUGUGGGAGUGAUGGGAACACCUAUGCCAAUGAGUGCUUGCUCUGUGUGCAGAAAAUGAAAACCAGGCAAGAUAUCCAGAUUUUGAAUGAUGGGGAGUGUCAAGAUGUCUGAGCCUUCUGGUGACUUUUCUGAGCUUGCAAAUAGGUGAUUAACUGAUGCUGUUUGCUCUGCGUGUAUCAGACAUUUCAGUCAGUGACAGUAAAUAAUAAAAUUGCAUACUCAAUCUUAUUUCAACAGCAUUAUUUUGUGCCAGGCCGAGGGAAAACAGCACAAACCAGUUUCCAUGAAGAAGUACUAAAAGACUGCAGUCAAAACAUUCAUUUCCAACCUGCAUCACAAACUAGGCUCCAAACACAUCGUGCACUGUACAUUUCUCCCGUGUUCCUGGGAGAAAUGUGGGAGCAGUAAGAAACACACAUAACUGAGAUCCUGGUGAAGGAGAUGCUGUACAAACACAGCUUUUCUGAAGGAGGCAAUUUAGCAAAGGUACGGUUUCUCCAGCGUGGGAGGUGAUGACCUUCUCUCCAGCUCCCUAGAAACCACCUUCACAUCCAGAGCUGGUG